GUCAGCUGACUCAGGAACUGCAAGAAAAUUUUCGUUCGUACAUUCGCUCAUUAAUUUUAAAAAAUUAAUAAAUUGUUUUCUUUGACGCUGCACGACGAGAAUUUAAAGUAGCUCAAUUGCCGUAAAUCAAGGGUCUGUGUAUUGUUUUAUCAAUUGCAGAAAUGUUGUUUUAUGCCGGUUUGGCGGCAUCUCCCCGAUUGUUUGGUUACAAUGAGGACAUCGUGAUUAGUAAUGGAUUUUUGGAACUUCCGGAUGAUAUUUCUGGGGUUGAAGUACAGUGGAAUUACUUUUUGGUGUGGAAAGGAACGGAAUUGUUCAUCUCUGGGAAUUUCGGAGUGGGUGAUGAGAUCAGGCAGUUGGCGUUAACUGAGGGAAAUGAAGAAAAAUUCACUCUGGCUUUUCCAGAUAAAGAAUCUGUCACGAUUGUCAGUUCGACCCACAGAAUUUGGCAGUACAAGAUUUACGAGAGUCAGUGGAGACAAGUAGACAAUUUCUUACCCACCAAUGAUGAAAAUCUAGAUGAGUUUAUCACAAAGAUUGAUAAAAACAGUUCCGUAGUCGCCCUGACAAAUUUGGGAAGGAUUUUUAAUAUACCAAACUUGAUUGACAUGCCAAAAAGAGUUAAAUUCGUGGACGUUGCUUGUGGAUUCGAUCAUUCGAUCAUCCUAGCUGAUAAUGGGGAUGUUUACUCUAUGGGGAUGGGCACGAGAGGACAGUUGGGACAUGGUGAUUUAGAAGACUGCGAUGAACCAACUUUGAUCGAAGCCCUGGCUGGCCUAAAUGUUAUUCAAAUUGCUGCUGGUGGCUGGCACAAUGCAGCACUUACAAAUGAUGGGGACGUUUACAUCUGGGGGUGGAAUUCAAGUGGAGAACUUGGGGUUGCGAGUGAUCAAAAGGUGAUAGCAGUACCCACAGUAGUAGAUUUCACCACUGAUGAUGGAGACAUGAAUGAACCUAUGAAGAAAGUUCAAUGCGGAAACAAUUUCACGAUAUGUCUGUCAAAUGAGGGGACACUCUGGGGUGCUGGUUGUAAUAAAUAUGGUCAGCUGGGGCGGUCCGAGAGAAGCUCAGAAAAUAAAAAUUUUAUCAAAUUGCCGACAAAUUUUGGAAGCAAAAGAAUUGUAGAUGUUAUAUGUAAUGAAUGGGGGAGUGUAUUGAAUGUUCAAUAAAUUGUUGCUAAGGAGUGAAAAAUAA